AUGAGGAAUGGGCGGUUUGGUUUAAUAUGGCUUGCAGCUACCCAGACCAAGGUGCUGAGCAAAAGGGAACUGUAUGCAAUUGAUAUUUCCAUGACCUGCUCAGACAUUCUCAGCCAUAUUCCAGGGUAUAUAGGCAAGGAAGCUGUCCAGCGUCCACGUCGAUUUUCUUUGUAUCUGACGUCUCAGCUGAUGUAUGGCUCUGUCAGGGUUCUUCAGAAACAGUGGGAAUAUUUGUUUUUGGAUGUCAGUGCUUUAUUAAGAAAAUGUCACCCUGAAGUAACAAGUGACAUUGAUCUCAUCAUACUGAAACAAGAUCCAGCCACAAUAGCAUCUUGUGUGCCAACAAGCAAAGACUAUGAUCCAUUUUUUGGCAAUUUUAAAGAAGCAACAGUUGAUGUUGAAGCUAUUCUGGAUAUCUGGGACAGCAGCUGUGUAUCAAAGUAUUUGCUGGGUCAACCACAACCAGACAUUGAAAGUCCACCGUCUUCAGUUGCUGAUCAGAUGGAUAUCCAAAUUAGAGACAGUCAUGUCAUGCCCAUAGAAACAAUGCUUCCUGGAGAACAAGAUCUUCCUUUUAUGGACAUGGAGAACCUGGCCUUGUUUUCCGAGGAUGUCAGUUUGUCAGCAGAAGAAUUACUUAGUCCUCAGUUGUCCAGAAUCCUGGCUGCUACUGACAUAACCCAGACCCAGCUUUCUAUUUAUCGUUAUGCUCCCCUAGAAGAGACACCAGCAGUGAGAACAGCUGGUGACAUGCCCAGUACACCACAGAAACCUAAAAGGAAACGACGCCAGGAUGUUCCAGAAGAGAAAAGAGCAAAACGCAAAGCUGCAGAUCAAGAAGGUUUGCCUACUGCUGCAGAGGAACUAGAAGUUGCACCCCAUGUGGGGGCACCUGAGGCUGCAAGGGAGAUGCCUCGGGGUCAUGACUGGCUGCAACAGCAACCUGCCAUUCAGUUAUCUCCAGUCUCACCAAGCCUAAGUCCAGUCAGGAGAAGAAGGCCUCGCCGGCUGAUAGUUGAUCAGACGAUACAGAUGAGUCGAGAAGACAUGAAACACAAUAUGCUGACUUCAGACAGUACAACACAGCCUUUGAUAUUGCCUAGUGUAGUUGAGACAGAUUUGUUCAAAACACCAGGCAGCCAAAGUCUAAAACAUCCAACUCUCACCAAACUGUGGUCAAGAAACUGCAAAUUAGGUCUGAGAAUUUAUGACACUGAAACAGAGUCAUCUCCUUCAGCUGAAUCUCCAAGUCCACCACCAGCAGGUAAGAUAGCAUGUCUUUUU